AUGGGCGUCAUCGACAAGAAAAAAGACAGCCAGCGCGCUGGGAGCUCCGAGCUCACGGCUGUGCUUCCCGCCGAUGCGCGGCCGUGGUAUCUGACGCCUCAUCUCAUCCGGCUCAACUUGCUUCUGCUGGUGCCGUUACUUUCCUCCGCCACGGUCGGAUACGAUGGCUCGAUGAUGAACGGUCUACAAAUCCUAACCUUCUUCAAGCGCGACUUCAACAACCCGACGGGCGCUAUACUCGGGCUCAUGAACGCCGUCUACCCCCUCGGCAAGGUCAUCGCACUGUUCGUCGUCACGCCCGUCGCGGACCGGUUCGGGCGCAAGAUCCCCAUGGCCAUCGGCCUGGUGGGGUGCAUCGCCUUUGCCAUCCUGCAGGGCCUGUCGCCCAACCUGACGGCCUUUGUGCUCGCGCGCGCGUUCCUGGGCUUCUUCACGUCCUUCAUCUCGCAGCCCAGCCCCGUGCUGAUCGCCGAGCUGGCCUACCCGACGCAGCGCGGCAAGCUGACCUCGCUCUACAACACCUUUUUCUACUUUGGCGCCAUCUUUGCCGCCUGGUUGACCUUUGGCACCUUCAAGAUCGACUCGACCUGGAGCUGGAGGAUCCCGUCCAUCGUCCAGGGCGGGAUCCCCGCCCUGCAGCUCGCCGCGCUCUGGUUCCUGCCCGAGUCGCCGCGCUACCUCGUGUCCCGGGGCCGCGUCGACGAGGCCCGCCGGGACCUGGUCAAGCACCACGCGGGGGGCGACGCCAGCUCGCCGCUGGUGGCCUUUGAGAUGAGCGAGAUCGAGCGGGCCAUCGCGGCCGAGAACGAGUCGUACUCGGCCAACUCGUGGCUCGACCUGUUCCGCGGCGCCGCGAACCGGAAGCGCACGCUCAUCGCCGUCAUCGUGGGCUUCUUCAGCCAGUGGAACGGCGUCGGCGUCGUCAGCUACUACCUGACGCUGGUCCUCAACACCAUCGGCAUCACGGACCCCAAGGACCAGACGCUGAUCAACGGCAUGCUGCAAAUCUUCAACUGGCUGAUUGCCACCUUUGCCGGCGCCCUGAUGGUGGACCGCCUCGGCCGCCGCACCUUGUUCCUCGUCUCCACCUCGGGCAUGCUCGUCAGUUACAUCUGCUGGACGGGCCUGACCUCUGGCUUCGUGACGUCCAAGGACGAGGGCAUGGGCCGCGCCGUGCUGGCCUUCAUCUUCAUCUUCUACUUCUUCUACGACAUCGCCUGGACCCCGCUGCUGCAGGCCUAUCCCGUGGAGAUUUAUCCCUACACGCUCCGCAGCCGUGGUCUCUCCAUCACCCUCAUCACGUCCUUUACCGGUCUCAUCGUCGGCAACCAGGUCAACCCCAUCGCCAUGGGCGCCAUCCAGUGGAAGUACUACAUUGUCUUUUGCUGCCUGCUGGCCGUCCUGCUGGUCCUCGUCUACUUUUUAUUCCCCGAGACCAAGGGCCGCACGCUCGAGGAGAUCCGCGAGGUCUUUGAGGGCCCCACCCUGAAUUCCGUGGAUGUCAAAGUCGAGGAGGCUGCUGGCCGCGACGAUGGAGACGUUCAGGUCGAGGCGAUGCAUUCCAAGCAUGUCGAGGCUGUAAAGUAA